CUUUGCGUUCAACUCACGCUGUUUUCCUGUUGAAUUCGUGUUUGAGUAGAAGUCCGCGGUCAUGGCGGGUCUUGAGUUGCUGUCAGAUCAGGGAUACAGACUAGAUGGACGAAAAGCCUCCGAGCUGCGUAAAGUUCAGGCCCGCAUGAGUGUGUUUGCUCAAGCCGACGGGUCCGCUUAUCUGGAGCAGGGAAACACAAAAGCGCUCGCGGUGGUUUAUGGUCCGCACGAGACACGGGGUUCCCGCAGUAAGUCCCUGCAUGACCGUGCAGUCAUUAACUGUCAGUACAGCAUGGCCACGUUCAGCACGGCGGAGAGGAAGAGACGUCCACACGGUGACCGCAAGUCCAGCGAGAUGAGCCUUCACUUGAAACAGACCUUCGAAGCGGCGGUUCUUACUCAGCUCUAUCCACGAUCACAAAUCGACAUCUAUGUAAAGAUUCUGCAGGCAGAUGGUGGAAACUACAGCGCAUGUGUAAACGCUGCCACUUUGGCUCUGGUGGACGCUGGCAUCCCCAUGCGUGACUAUGUGUGCGCCUGCACCGCCGGCUUUGUGGAAGAAACACCGCUGGCCGAUCUUUGUCACGUAGAGGAGAGCGGAGGAGGCACAUCGCUGUCAUUGGCUCUGCUGCCCCGCAGCGGGAACAUAGCUCUGCUGCAGAUGGACGCCCGUCUCCAUCAGGACCACUUGGACACGUUAAUUGAGGCGGCCAUGACGGCGUGUAAAGGUCUUAGUAAAGUCCUGGAUAGUGUUGUGAGCCAACAUCUGAAGGAGGUUUCGGUUCUAACCAGGGACUGAGGAGGAGAGCAGCUUUCAGACUGACGCUUUGGAUAACGAGUAAUAGUCAUUAUUCGUGACUAAUGGUGUGCAAAAUAUAAAUGUUUUUAUUUAUGUAUAUUUUUCUUCAAAUGAUAGAUGCAUGCAUGUGUGUGUACUUGUAUAUACAUAAUUAUUGCACAUGCACAUAUUAUGCAAAAACAAAACUUUUAUUUGCACACCAUUACUUGCGAAUAAUCCUUUGACAGCCCUACUAGAAUUAAUGUUCAGUAAACUUAAAAAAAAAAAGGAUGUUUUACCACAAACAAGGCUUUGCAUGAACGCAGGUUUGUUCUGGAAGCCCACAUCUGUGCUGGAUGAGACGUCAAAGUCUCUUGAAUUGUAUUCACUUUAUGACAAAGUGUUCUUGGUUUUAUCAAAUUGUCAUGAAAUGUUUUGUUUGUUAAAUAGUUGCAUUUUUGUUUUCUAGAUCAAAUUAAACAUUAACGUUGAACGCUUAAUACACUAUUAAGUUUUUCAUAAAGUGUUGUUUUACAUGAAAUAAAGAGUAUAAAUGACCUGAAUGCUAUUUUAGGCAGAUUUUUUUUAUAACAACAGUUACAAGACAAAGAAAUGAUAAAACAUUUACUGCGUUUUUAAUGAUCAUAGCUUUCAAUAAUAGUUAUAUUUAUGUAUCUUGUGUGGCAGUGAAGAUGCCGUGUCAUGUCAACAACCCAGAUUAACCUUUAUGCUUUGUAUGGUGACUCUUCAGUGUUGUCUAGACAGAAUCAUUAAAGCCAAACACGUCUUUCAUGUUCAGCAUUUCUAAGGUGAUUUAAUAGAAUACAAGAUAUAAUGCUGGAGAUAAAUCCCAUAUUAUGCAGCACAUGACCAUUCACAUUGUAAAUGUCCAGGACAUAAUCCAAGAUACAUUAGUCUCACUUUGCAAAGUAAUGAAUGAUCAAGAUUGCAGUGUGAUAAAUAGAAAACAUUAAAUACAGAAUAGAAUCUGUCUUAUUCCAGCUGAAGGCAUCAUAGAUGAAAAACUCAAUUUUGGCAACUGUACAGUUAACAAAUAUAAGAUAAUAAACCCUAUUACUUUGUGAACGAUUUAUCAAUAAGCAAUCUAAUAAAUGACAAAUAAACAUUGGUUGACUAUA